AUGUAAAAAAUAGUUUUGAUAUUUACAAUUGUAACAUUAAGCUUAGCUAUUGAUGCUGUAGAUGACUUUGAUGUUGAAUCUUAUCUUGGUGAUUGGUUUGAGGUUGCUAGUAGUCCUUGGGUUUAUACAACAUAAGAGAAAAAUGGAUUUUGUACUAGAGCUAGAUAUGGUACUUUAGCCAGUGGAGAUAUUAGUGUUUAUAAUAUCUAAAGAUAUGGAGCUGGUGAUGGACCAAUAAGAUUUAUUGAAGGAUAUGCAAAAAUACCAGAUUUGAAAUAAAAAGGCAAAUUAAAGGUGUUUUUAAAUAAAGGAGAAGUAGUUGGAGGAGAUUAUUGGAUAAUUGAAUUAGGACCAGUUAUUAAUAAGCAAUAUUAAUGGGCUAUAGUUAGUGAACCUGAAAUGUUAUUAAUGUGGGUUUUAUCUAGAAAUCCUUAAUAAUAUAGAGAGGAAUAUGAAGAUUAUGUGAGAGAUAGAGUAAGUGCUUUGGGAUUUAAUGGUGUUUUGAAUUAGUAUGUUCCUAGAUUUUUCGAUAAAUGUGUGCCAUAUGAUGAUUGA